CCGAAGUGGACGGUCACAGAGAGACAAAGACGUGAAUUCAAUCUAAACGGCAAAGGGACACAAUCCCAUCUGGCGUGAUGGGAGGUCGGACGCAGAGAUGGUGGAUCCUGAGCCUCCUGAUCCUUUCCAGCCUCCUCAGCUUCACUCAACCAGUCCAGGUGAGAGAUGAUGAGUGGGAGGAGCUUGGACCGGACAUCGCUGCACUGCACCGUCUGAGGAACCUGUCUGAACACAUGUUUCAUGAAAGGCUCCAGGAUUCCGCACUACAAAGCGACACUGGAGACAGACGGGACAGAGAGGGGACAGAGAGAAUGGACAUGACCUCCGUCAAAGAGCCGAAGCUGGACUCAAACAUCAACUCCGUCCUGGAACAUGGUGUCCGUGUAGCCAGGGCGGCUGUUGACCGAACCCCAAUGAGUUUGCUGGCUGCUCUUCAGGACUGUGAGGAUGUGACCGACUGCAUCAUUCAAAGGAAACAGGACUUUGAAACCUUCUUGGAAGGUUUUGAGAAACAGAAGAUACAAGAUCGGCUGCUCAUUGCAUCUGAGAUCUCACACAGCUACAGUCAAAAACUUCUGGUCGUGACCGACAAAGAGAAGUCAACAGAAGACAGAGUCCAACAGGAAUACAGCCUGGAUCCUCAUUACUCAGUGAUAGUCAGCAAGAACUGUCUGUUCAAUGAGUCCUGUUGCCCUGAAGCAGACGGCUACACCGUAGUGCAAAUAUUUGGAAGUGUUUCAGAAGAUGGACAAAGUGUAUCUGGGCUUUCUGGCUCAUCUCUUGCGGAGCUGAUGUUCAAACCAUCACUGAGAGGAACUCCAGUGUUCUCCCUUAAUGGAAGCACGUCCACACACUUCCAGCAAAACUUCAUGCGCUUUUUUCAGAUCCGUGGAAUCAAAGCAGUCUUAGAAACCAACCAGGAGAAUCACCAGCUGUACCAGGUCAUGGAUCAACCCGCCUCAGUUUCCAGCUACAGAAUUCCACAAAGACCAGUUGAUCACACCACACAGUACGACCACCAGCAGAUCAUCAUUAUGGAAUCUGAUCCUGUGGUCAAAAAAGCUGCAAGUUCUCUUUAUGAUAAGCGUCCAGAUGUGAGCUCCGUCUACAUUCUUGAUGAAAACCAAAGACCAAAACUGAUCCGUGGGGCCUCUGUGCCGCUGUCAGAGGACAGCAGACUGGUGCUGGUCGGUCACGGGGCCAAAGACAGUUCAGGAGACAUGAGAUUGUCUGGGUACGGAGCCCAAGAUGUGGCCAAAGUCAUUCAGAGGACCUCCAGAGUCAGUGAUACGAUUAAAACAACAAGUGUGGUGGCAUGUGAGGUCGGAUCCGAUAAAGUCUUCAUCCAAACCCUGCUGACAGAGCUUCGUAAGAGCAGCAUUGAGACAGAGCUGCACCUGAGGUAUUCUGCGAUCCAGGUCCUGCACACGGGACAGAAAAUUACUGAAGAAAUCUCUCCAGACGGAGUGAAGUGGCGUCACAAAGACGACAGCAUGAAGGUGGUGGCAAACCUUGAUAGAAACGGAGACGCAGUUAUUAGAAAUGAGCCUGGCAGCAAAGGAGAGGCAGUGUUUACCAAUGAAAGGAACUUACUGAUGCCAAGGGGUCAACCGGAGUCGGAUUUGAGCUACAGAGACAAAUGGCCAAAAGACCCGAGGACAUUUAUUCCCCAGGAUGGAGACUUUAAGACGUUUAGUAAAGGCUUAUAUAAAGUUGAGGUUCUGACUUGGGGAUUAUUUCAUGCUGAUCAGCCCCUUCCAGAAAAGGUCAAUUUCCAAACCUUGCAACAGUUAAAGAAGCAUUUUUUAAUUGGGAAAAAGGUCAAAGAUAAUAAUAAUAAGGAGAAAAUAAGUUGGAUAACGGACGAGCCAGAACUACAGAAGAUUCUUUCCAAGUGUUAUGAGAUUAAAUCAGGCGCAGAUGUAAGAAGUAUCAUCCGUCACUAUGCAAAGACGGGAGAAAAUGAGGCCACAUACCUGAAGAUCAAUGACUGGAUAUUAGAAGUUAAUCCUAAAAAUCUGUACGUUCAUCCAGUUGGAAAACAGCUUGACAACAAUCAAAUGGGAAAUGAGGUCAAAAUUAAUGAAGUUAAGAAAUGUGUUACUGAACAGAUCGGCAAAGAAAGUUACAACGAAAUGAAACCUCAUAUAAAAUCAAAGGAGAGAUAUGUUGAAUAUGUGGAAGGCACUUUGAAGGGAGAGCGCCUUCAUAACCUCGCUCUUUCCACUGAGGCCUGGUUCACCACGUACUUCACAGCCUCAGUUAUUUCUGAAUCUGCUCGAAAUUUCCGGACAUUUCCUCUGACUCUCAUGGCUCUGGAUCUGGUACAAAGCACAACUGAAGAAUACAAAGCCGCUGGAGUGAAUUUCUUUUUUGAUGAACACCCAAUGGCAACAGGAGGGAGUUGGACUGACCCAAGCAGUCGUGGAUUCAGUGGCGCAACAACAGUGAAUGUAAAGAAAUUUCCAAAACUAAAGAAAGUCCUAGAAAAAGAGCUCGAUCUGUACAACUUGUGGUUUAAGAAUGGUCACGAUAAGGUUAUGAAACGGAUAUUGAAAGUUGCAAAUGAAUACAAUGUGAUUAAAGAUAAUUCACCUGAACGAAAAACCAUGUUAGAAGAUUCUAAGAAUUUUGUAGUAAAAGUAGACAGAGCUUGGAAUCAACCAUCUGGGGCCUUAGGAGGAUACCAUGACGGCCACGUAACAUCGCAAAACUUAAAAUCUGCCUCAGAGUUGGAAAACUCCUUCAAACUGGAAUCCUAUUAUUCAAGGGCAUCUGCGUCAUUAGCUGAAGAAAUCCACAGCCAGCUGAGGAUGAAAUAUGGAGAAACUCUGGCAGGACUGCAUCUCAAGGAAGGAAGUGACCGAAUAGAAAAGGGACAGUUCAUAUGUGAGCUGGUGUCGAAGGAUCCUGAUGCUAAACCUGUUGAAUUCAGGGUUGAGUUAUCUCCAGAGAGUCUACGCCACAAUGAGAAUUUGUUCAAGGGCCUUGACACAGCAGCUCAGGACAUGGAGGGUUUAAGAUCCCAACAUCCAGUCAACAAGUUUGUAGAGCACACAGGAACUGCUGUCGGUGCACUCGGCCUCCUGCUGGGCAUGAAUGGAGCUGUUAAUGCUUUUGAACAGGGCGACAUUAAAGAUGGUGCAGUGGGAGCUUUGCAAACAGCUCAUGGAGUCACAGGUAUGUCGAUGUCUGUUAUUGCGAGACAAGCUCUGACUUCAGAGACAAGAAUCGCCAGAGCUGCAGCAACGAUCAUGAGAAGUCCUGCAAUGAAGGGCAUCAUGAAAGUUGUACCAAUAGUGGGGAUUGGAUUUGGGAUAUACAGUCUGAAACAAGAUAUAGAGAGGGGGGGUGCACUGGGGGCGAUUGACGGUGUCUUCGAUGCUAGUAUGGUUGUUUUGGAUGUUGUUGGACUUGCUGUUCCUGUACUGGAACCUUUUAUCAUGCCUAUAAAUCUGGCUUUAUCAGUGAUUCGGAUGAUCUCUGAUGAUAUUUAUAUGGGCGUAGAGCAUGAACUCAACAGUCUCCCCCCGGACGCUGACCUUCUGGAUAAAAUCUGGGCUGUUGAAGUUGGCGCUGCGAAGGGUCUUAAGCAUUUUGCCAUUCAAGUGGCUAGUGUGUUUUACAAUUGGCAUUAUGAUGAAAUUGAGGAGGGUAAAAGACUUGUUGAGCAGAUAUCAGACUAUAAACAGUAUUACACAGUUAUAACGGAACACGAUGGAGCGACUGCCGUAGAUUUUACUAGCGGCAGCUCCUCUUGGAAUGGAGGAGGCAUUGACUUCUGUCUGGCUGAUCAGGGUCAGUCUCAGUUCUGCAUGAACUCUUUUGUAUCUAGUGAUGAGACUUUUGGGAAAAAGUGUUGGAACAUUAACACACAAGGAAGCAAUGAUAUCAUUCUUGGCCUGGGAGAGUCACAUGAAUUACUGUAUAAGAUAUUACAAAAGAAAAUACUCAUGUUCAUACCAUCUGGCUCUGUGACAGUGGUUUGUGAUUAUGAUGCGGUGUCAAAUUCAAGAUAUGGAAAAUACAAAGGAAACAGAGAUUCAAAUCGCUUUUUUGCAGUUGACAAAUCAGAGGACAAGCAAGUGAUGGAGCUGAUGUUGACUUACUACUACCAGCUCUAUGGGGAACCAGGUGAUGACAUAUUCUUCCUCGGUCCUCAGAGAAGUAACGUCGAAGGCGCUGGUGGAAAGGACACAUACAUCAUCCCUGUCAACGGCGGUAAAACAAUCAUUAACAACUACGAUCCAUCUAAAGCUCUGGACACUCUUCACUUCACUGCUAACUACAGUCACAUUUCUGUGUCUAAAUCUGGGAACGACGUUGUGUUUAUGUAUGAGAGCGACCACACUGUGACCAUUCAAAACUGGUUUUCAGGAGAACUGUAUCGUCACAUGGACAUGAUGUCAGGAGACGGAGUCUUAUUCGAGAUUUCCACCAUUGUGGUUUCUUCUGUUCGGCUGGUGGCCAGAGGAAUUAACAAGAUGUUUAUGAAACAUGGUGAAUAUGUGAACGCAUCACAGCCACUUUUACAGAGAGUUACAAACAUCUUUGGCUCUCAGUUUGAUGAUGUGCUCAUUGGAAAUGCAGAGAAGAACCUCAUGGAUGGAGGAGGAGGUAGAGAUCAUCUGACUGGUGGUGAAGGAGGAGACAUCUACAUGGUGAAAGGUAGAAUUCAUUCUUCAGUGAUGAUUGAAAAUUACUCCAAAGACAAUGAAACAGACGUGGCUCUAAUAGAAGCAGAUCUAAAGACUUGUAGAGUCACAGUACGAGGGGAUGAUGUCGUUCUGACAGCUUCACAUGCGACUACAGACAUUAACGUGACUUUACUGAACUGGUUCCGAUCAGCGAACGACAGACACUUGUUCUUCAUCACCAACGACAUGAUCUCUUUCAAACUCUCAGCUCACAAGGAUGAUUGUCUUCAUGCUCACACAUUGACCAGCUGCAUAAAAAGCUUCAGUAUUGAUUACAGCAGGUCCACAUCUCCUCUGCUGGUGGACCUCGAGGAGUCUGAGGCGUAUGAAAGUGUGACAGAGGUCCGUGGGUCAAACUUUACUGAUGACAUCAGAGGGAACAAAGAGCACAACGUGUUCCUCCCAGGAGGAGGUGAUGAUAACCUUCAGGGUAGAGGAGGUGAGGACUGGUACGUUAUCACACCAGGCCAAGGACUUAAAAACAUCAGCAACUUCUCACCAGAUCCAGUCAUGGACAUUCUCUUCAUUAAAGACCAAUAUCAGAAUAUAACCUGUACUUGUGAUGUACCCAACAUCAUCAUCUCUGUGUCUGGCAGAGAAAAUGUUGUUUUAAACUCCUGGUUCGAGUCAAAGUAUCAUCAGCACCUGCAGAUCAAGACCAGCGAUGGAAUAACAGCUGGACUGAGUUGGAACAUCAGCAGCUGUGACGACAUGAAGACUUUAAUGUUCCCCAUUACUGUUGAUUACAGAAACCAGAAACCUGAAGCACUUUCCCAGAAAGAGUCAGAUCAGGGAGGAGAACAUCCAGAGUGUUUCAGAUACAGAAGCAGGAACUCAAAGGAGAGGCUCUUCUGUGGCCUCCAAGGCAAAGUGAUGGUAAUGGAUGAAGUUGACUCAGUGAAAGAAAUGCUUGGCUCGGCAGGUUUCGACAUCAUGGUUGGGAACAGGAAGGACAAUUUGCUUGAUCCUUCCACUGGGGGUGCACUGAUGUCUGGAGGUGAAGGAGAAGACACUUACAUCAUCAAACAGGGAUACGGAGACAACUUAAUGAUCGAUAACUUUGCAAACGACCAGAAAAUAGACACUGUGUUGAUUGACAUGGAUUUUGUCGCUGGCGGCCAAGUUACCCUGGACUCAUCAUCAACAGGAGAUCUGAAGGUGACAAUCACAACAAAAGGGGAACAAUUCAAAUUCACACUGAUCGGCUACAACGACAGUUUCCAAAACCAGCACCUGCAGUUCCAGAGCUCUGACGGCGUCAUUUUUAAAUUGAAAUCACUGAACUCAACUGCAGAAGUUCCUUUAUUCCAGACUCAGGCUUUCAAAGUGACUCUGCCACCGUCGCAGUCCGACUGUCGCUUCGACCUCGGCUCUUGGCAAAAUCUGUCACAGGUCCACACAGUGCAAGGUUGCCCCUCCCAGUCCAAUGACAUCCUAGGUAACGAUGAAGACAACGCGCUUAUUGGUGGGUGGAAGGACGACACCUUGGAAGGAGGUCAAGGAGAUGACACGCUGAUAGGAGGAAAUGGAAGCGAUAUCCUGAUUGGUGGGUUAGGAGACGAUACUCUGUACGGUGAGGAUGGAAACGACACAAUGAUUGGAAACUCUGGCAGAGACGUCUUCAUUCCUGGACCUGGAGCAGAUCUCAUAGACGGAGGUUCUGGCAGAGACACAGUUCUGUACCGGGGGGAUCAUGAAACGGGUCAAGGAGUCUAUGUCAACCUGCUCACUGGACAAGGUCGCUACGCUGAUGCCGAAGGGGACGUAUUGAAGGACGUGGAGACUGUGAUUGGCACCAUCUACUCUGACAUCUUGGUGUCUGGUUACGAAAGUUCCCUUCUCAGAGGUUCGGAUGGCAACGACAUCUUGGUGUCCACUGGUGGUGAUUACCUGGUCGGGGGGGAUGGAAGCGACAUUUACAUGUUGGCUUUCCAGAGCGGCUCAGUCACCAUCGACAACUGUGCAAAGGACGACGCCAACGAUGUUUUGUUCUUAGGAUCACUGUCACCACUGGCGUGCGACGUCCAGAUCCUCUCUGACAGACUUAUCCUGUCUUUCUUUUCAUUAAACCAAACAGUUGUUAAGAUUUCACUGGAAGGCUGGAACAGUGAUGAGGGCGCCUGUGGUCACCUGGUGCUGGUUUCCUCAAGGUUCCAGAUGUAUGUGGACGAGCUGUUAGACCAUCUGUUAGAGGAGUGUCUGUUCAAUGACGAGGAAUGAGUUGUGCUCAUCAGUCAACGGUUGGAGCAUCUGGACCAAUCUAACUAUCAACAGUUUUUCUAUGCUUCAGAUGUGUGGCACAAAAUCUCUAAGUUCUGACAUACUGCAGAAUAGAGUAAGCUUUAAAUCUGUUUGUCUGCCCAUGAAUAAUAAUAAUACAUUAAUGAAAUUCUACCUGUAAUGAUUUACGAAGGAAAAACUUCAAUCUAUUGUCUGUGAUUUUGUUUCUUGAAACUGUGCCGAGCAAAGGACAAAUACUUGGUUGUAAAGGCUCAUCGUUUGUUUCUAACUCUUUUCUAAUGAUGAAGUAACAUCUUUGAUGAAACAUGUGUGAUGGUCUGUUCAGUGUUCUCAGUGGUGAAUAAAAGAAUGAACUUGA